AUUGCUUUGCUGCUGUCUGCUACAUUCUAAUCUCACAUGGAUUUAAUUCCGUGAACAUAAAGUAUUUUGGUCCUUAACACUUGAAAAUUUAGUGUCAUUACAGCUUUGGUGAAAUUACGAGGAAAUAAGACCAUAAACUUUUAUUUGAUCCUGUGACAUGUGUAGUUUUCUCUUUUAAUUCAUUUUAAAAACAUAAUUAUAAUUCCAUUUUUUGGUUAGAAAUGGAAAAGCAUGGAACAACUCAUGUAGAAAAGUAUUAUUUUAACUUUAAAAGGUGUACUAACAGUGUUCUUCACUCAACUAAGAAGUUUCUAUUUUUCAUUCUUCAAAAAGGAUUUCGAUUCGGCCUGACAGUUGCAUUAUUGACCAUCGUUUUAAAUAGUUAUUAAUAAUUCGACUUUGCUGCUUUUGAUUAUCGAACAGACAAUCUCUACAAUUAUUCAAACAGGAUAAAAAUUUAUCAAGAAUCUUAUAAACAAAAUCUUUUUUGAAUUAAGAAAAUUGUUCAAAUUGGAAGACGAAAAAAGAAAAUAUGUUCACAAAAAAAUAUCAACCCCAAACAUCUACUCCUCAGAAUGUCAAAAUACCAAUUUCCUGUGGUGUUCGGGAGGCCUUUACUGAUAUAUCGCUAAUAAAUAGUAGUAACAUAAUAAAAGAAGAACUGGAUAUAAUAGAUGAUCAUUAUAUCGAAGAAAAAUCUAAUCCAAUGCCGCACAAUAUUUGUGAAGUUUUAGUAAACGGUCAAGCGACCAAUACGGUGUUAAACUACGAUUUUAUUCAAGAACAACCGUGUUUAGAAUACAAUGAAGACGACCAAGAAGACGAAAAAGAUCCUUUGUUUAUUGGUCAAAUCGAAGACGAAGAAAAACACAAUUUCAACGAACCUUCAAACUCAUUCACGACGAGGCAGCAGGUAACCUCUGAAAAUGUUUGUCUUGAAAAAGGAAAUAAACAGGAAGAAGAGGAUGAAAUAGAUGAAGAAGAAGAUGAAGAAUAUGGAGAAGUUUCCGAUACUACGGAAAAUGACGAAAUACCCUUAUCUCAACUUCAGUUAAACAAGCUGGAAAAUUUGACUAUACAGUUGCAGCACGUAGUACCUCCUCAGCAUUUAAUUAAACAACGUACUAUAAGCCGCUGUACCCCGCGAAGUAAAAUGAUAGAAUUUGAAAAAUAUUGCAAAAUGAAAAAAGGAGCUUUUUCUACGGUUGAAGAUUCAAUAAUUAUCAAAAAUUGGAAAAUGUUUUGUCAGGUUCAUGAAUGGGAUGAGGAUGUAGUUGAACCUUUUUUGAGAACAAAAUACGGUGGUAAAUUUUACAUAAAAAAUAAAGAACAGCGUCAAAAUUUUGUACGAUUUUUAGCUAAUGGUUUGCCAUGGAGAAGCUUGUUCAGUGUAUUUUCAAGAUUUAGGUCUUUAUUCCACAAGCGUAAAAAUGGUACAUACAGUUCUAUAGAAGAUGAGCAGAUUUUGGCUUUUAUAGAUGGAAAUAAAAAAAUGGAUAAGGAACUUAAGUGGGUACAAUUGGGAGAAAAAAUGUGUAGAGAUCCAAAAUCAAUUGCUAAGCGAUAUGUAAGGUUAAAAAAAAUGGCUAAUAAAAAAGCUACAAAAAUACAUUGCAGUUCUUCAAGCUCCUUUCAUUCAAGAAAAGAUAAAAAGUUAUCAAAAAGUAGCAUAAUUAUAACAAAAAAUGCCCCAAAUUUAAAGAAGUUUAAAGAGAAUACAGUUGAAAAAUUUGUCACAUGGAGUCCUCAAUUAGUCACCAUUUUUAUUGACAAUUUAUUGAAAGUAUCUGCGGUUGAAGAUUUGAGAAAAUUGAAAAAUGUUGAAAUUCACAAUGAAGUGUGGUCAGAACUAGAAAAAUUAAUGAAAAUAGAUAAAAAAGUUCUUGAAAAUUUUUGGAAUUUACGUCUCCACAUGCAAUUAUUUUCUUCUACUCCAAUUUACUUGGAUGAUCUUAAAAUUGCCUUAAUUCAAUUUUUUCAUCAAUCAGAUUUCAAUAACUUUGGAGAUAUAAAAUGGAAAAGAGUUUGUGAACAUUUUGAUGGAAUAACUGUUCACUUUCUGAAAAAAUUAUGGAAUUAUUUACUAGGAUAUGCUCAAACAAAAAUAACAUCACCGGACUAUAAUGAUCUUGUCAAUUAUUUAUAUUUAAUGCACAUCUCUGAAAUUAGAAAAAAUACAACAGAAGCAUUUUUACCUCUGCUUUAUUAUAAAAAAAAUAAUUUAAUUUUGUUAGAUAAAGGAACUGAAAAAGAAAUCCCUGGAUUAAUUUCAGCAGAUCCCUUAAAUAAUGAUGAUGAUGCACAAGCAGUUUGUAAUACAGAAAUAGAUGAUAAUGCUGAAAGAGAUUAUAAUUAUUUUCCAAAUUCUUUUGAAUCUAGAAACAAAUCAAGAAAUAAUAAAAUUAGAACAAGUGUUGAUUGGGAUUUAAAUUUAGUACAAACUUUUAUUGAUCACUUAUUACAAUACACAUCAUCCAAUUUGAAUACUUUAAAAAAUAAAACUGUGCCCGAGGAUGUUUGGCUAAAAAUUCAAUGUUCCAUGCGUAUUUCAAAGUUAGCGCUUCAGGAAUUUUGGUACUUACGACUUCACCUACAACUAUUUUCACCAACUCCAGUGCAUUUGAGCCAGAUUCAAAUAAACUUGAUUGAACUCUUACAUGAUUUAAAUAUAAAAAACAUAAAUGAUAUAGUUUGGGAUGAAAUUUGUUUAAAAUUUGAAGGUUCAACUGCAUUAUUCUUAUCUAAACUAUUCGAUAGCUUGAUUCAACAAGCUUUAACAAAAAUCAACUCAGACAAUUUCCAAGAACUUUUAAACUAUCUUUAUACUAAAUAUGUUAUUGAACUUGAAGAUAAUAUAACUGACGUUGUAUUGCCGGCUUUACACUGUAAAAAUGGUAAAAUAGUUUCUGUAAUGAUAGGAGCCGAAAAAAUUGAUGGAAACACAACACAUGAUCCUUUUAUCAACACAGUGCUUGAAGAGUAAAGAUAAAAAUUAUUAUUAAAGAUAUUUUACUACAAAAUAUCAACAAAUGUAAAUAAAUGGUUUUGU